GUCCCCAAGUGUAUUCCUAUUGUAUCUCUUUAUAUCCAUUACGGAAACGCAAUAAAAUGUCUGACGUUGUUGAAGCAAAACCUGGUGAAGCUCUUAUCAAAUCUAAGUACCGAAAAGAACGUUGGUUUAAUGAAGAAACGGCAGAGCAAGCCAUAGAAGUUGUUCCUAAUGAUGAUGAAGCUGAACAUGCCGAAACAGAAGAUGGAAAAAAAAAGAAGACCAAGUAUGCAAGAGGUGCUAACAAGGGUCAAAGAGGAAAGAAACGUAUUGAAGAUACAGUAAAACUUUGUAAAAAUACUUCGCUUGGAGAAGAAUGCAAAUUCGGUGAUGAUUGUAGAUAUUCUCAUGAUUUGGAAGGCUAUCUCAAAACCAAACCCGAGGAUCUCGGAGACAAGUGUAUUCAGUUCGAACUCUUUGGAAAAUGUCCUUACGGCUACAAAUGUCGUUUUCUUAAAGCACAUUUGGACGAGAAUAACAAAUUGAUAAUUGAUGAGAAGAAGUAUAGCGAAAAACCUGUUUAUACGUUUAAUGGUAUCAGUGCUGAAUCCCAAAAGAAGUUGUUGAAAAAUAAGUACGAAUUUCCCAAGACAGAGGCAUACAUGAUACAAGUUCAGAAAGAAAUUGAAGAGGAACAACGUGUUAAAGAUGGGAAUGCUUUGAAAAGGAAAGCCAUUUCGGACAACUCCUCAUCAGAAAUAUCCGAAACGAAUAAGAAAAUUAAAAGCCAACAGAACACUGAUAGUGACAAUGAUGACGAUUUCUUUGAUGCCUCUCAAGAGUUCACAAAUGUGACCAUUGAAACAGCAACUUCAACUCCAACAGUGACGGAAGAGAAGGCAAUUGGUCCUAUCGACCUUAAAUAUAAAAAGAUCAUUGACUUUAGAAACAAAACAUAUCUUGCACCAUUAACGACAGUUGGUAAUUUACCUUUCCGUAGAAUCUGUAAGGAGUAUGGGGUCGACAUUACUUGCGGUGAGAUGGCGUUGGUGCCAAAUUUAUUGAGAGGACAACAAUCUGAAUGGGCCUUGACGAAGCGUCAUAAAUCUGAAGAUAUAUUUGGUGUUCAGAUUUGUGGUUCUAAGGUCGAAACCGUUACUAAAGCUUGUGAAGCUCUAAAUAAUGAAGUAGACGUCGAUUUUAUUGAUCUCAAUAUGGGUUGUCCUAUUGAUCUUGUCUAUAAGCAGGGUGGCGGCUCAGCUUUAUUAGAUGCUAGAGGACGUGCUUUGAAGAUUUUAAAGGGUAUGCAAACGGUUACGAAUAUUCCUAUCACUUGUAAAUUUAGAAUGGGUAUCCACAACAACUACCCUAUCGCUGAUCGUUUGGUGCCACGUAUUGAUGAACUAGGCAUUGCCUUGGGAACCAUUCAUGGUCGCUCCCGUACCCAAAGAUAUACCAAGAAAGCUGAUUGGGAAUAUAUUGGUUUAAUGAAAGGUUUGACCAAAACGAUGCCUCUUUAUGGCAAUGGCGAUAUCAUGAGCUUUGAGGACUACAAUAAUUUUAGAGAAAUCAGCGGGGUUGACGGUGUGAUGAUUGGUAGAGGUGCGCUUAUCAAGCCCUGGCUUUUUGAAGAGAUCAAGUCACAGCGCAAUUGGGAUAUUUCAGCAAAUGAACGUUUUGAUAUGUUAAAGCGUUUCUGUGAUUAUGGUUUAGAACAUUGGGGUAGUGAUAGUCAGGGCGUCAAUACGACGCGUCGAUUCCUUUGUGAAUGGCAAUCUUUCCUAUAUAGAUAUAUACCCGUUGGAAUUUUAGAAAGACCCCCUCAACGUAUGAAUGAAAGACCUCCCCCUUACGAAGGAAGAAAUGAUCUGGAAACGUUAAUGGCAAGCCCUUUAGCGUCGGAUUGGGUAAAAAUCAGUGAAAUGCUAUUGGGCCCAGCACCUGAGGAUUUCAACUUCAUUCCCAAGCAUAAAGCAAACUCUUUUGAGAAGAUCGAGGGCUAAGUUAAUAUUCUAACAGUCAAGUUCAACAUGUAUUCAGAUAAAUUAUGAUGUGCUCAAAAAUAAAAAUGUCCAAAAUUUGAAAACGAGAAAAGAAUGUUAGUUGUUAUUACUACAGCAGAAUUCAAUGUCUACAAUUUCUUUUGGUGAGGUGGAUGUUAAGACAUAGGGCUCGUCUUUACCGAUAACCACAUUGUCUUCAAUACGGAUGCCGAUACCUUGAUAUUUCUCCGGGAAUUUGUUAUCAAAAGGAACAUAAAUGCCUGGCUCAAUCGUAAUCACCAUAUUUUUCUUUAGCUUGCGGGAUCUGUCAAGAUCAUGCAGAUCAUGCACGUCAAGCCCUAAGUAAUGCCCAACGUGAUGAGGAUAAAGGAUACGUUCCAAAUCC